AUCACCCUCUCUCCCGCCCUCCUCCGCCUCCCUUCGUUUCGCUUCCAAACACCACAAUGUCUCGUCGUGCAGCACCCGCCGUCUCGCCCUUCGGUGUCCCCCAGCGCCGCGCCAUUAACGACCCCAACGAGUCUGCCUUCUCCCGCUUCAUGCGCGAGCAGGUUUGGAGCCCGGAGAACCUCCCCGGCAACCUCAGCAUCCUCACCGCGGUGUCGGUCUUCUUCGGUGGAAUUGCCGCAAUCAGGUCAUGGGGAGAGCUCAUGAUCCCCGCUUGAACAAGCUACUUGUGCUGCGAGGUGGAGAGGUCUGGAGAGGUUUAGGGAGAGGGAGCAACUGAUGACGUCGCGAAUACGACUACCGGCAGCGUUUUUGACGGCCGACCCACGCUCAUCAACGCACCACGCUGUUGACCAAAACCACUGCAUCUACGUGUUGUAUCAUAAUCACCAUUAAUUGUCACCACUUUCAUGCUAUUGAGGAGACGAGUC